AUGAGGAUAAAAAAUCACUGGAGGAUAACUUUAACAACACUUGAGGAGAACAGGCUUUAUGCAAAAUUCUCUAAAUGUGAAUUACGGCUUGAGUACUCCGUGGCUUUUUUGGGUCCGAUGGUGGUGACCGGUGACGGCAUUAAAGUAGACCGAGGCAAAAUUUCAGCGGUUAAGGAUUGGCCUAGACCCACUAGUGCAACGAAAAUUCGUAGUUUCUUGGGUUUGGCAAAUUACUACAGAAAGUUCGUGAAGGUGAAGGCUGAACAUCAAAGACCUGGUGGUCUAGCUCAGAAUAUCGAGAUUCUACAGUGGAAGUGGGAG